AUGUCCGGCGGUGUCGACUCUUCAGUCGCCCUGUCCCUCCUCGCCUCUCCGCAUCUACCUCCGGGUAUCUCACCGGAACUUGCUCAGAAACUCCCAUUCACCCUCCCCAAUCACCCCUCUUCCUCGGCCUCAUUUGCAUCCUCCAUCAACCCCCACGGUCAAAUCCCACUAAACCCCUCUCGCGACCUAGACAUCUCAGCGAUCUUCAUGCGGAACUGGUCCCCGCUCCUAUCCGAAUCGGACCAUCCUUCUUGGGAGACGGACUGUGCGUGGGAAAAGGACUGGGAGGACGUUCAGAGGGUGUGCAAGGUCUGGGAUGUGCCCGUGAGGCUGAUCGACCUCUCGCAAGAAUACUGGCUACACGUCUUUGAACCCGCCGUCCAAGCAUGGCAAGCCGGAUCCACUCCCAAUCCGGACGUCUCGUGUAACAAGCACGUCAAGUUUGGGGCACUUAUCGACAAGGCAUUGCCCGAGCGGGGAGGGUGGUUGGCCACCGGCCAUUACGCGGCUACAGACAAGACCUCAGAAGGCAGGACGAGGCUGUUACGUUCGGCAGACCAGCUCAAAGAUCAGACGUACUACUUGUCUAGCUGCAGCGAGUCUCAACUGUCAAGAGCCUUGUUCCCCCUCGCCAACUUGACAAAAUCGACCGAGGUGCGAGAGUUGGCCAAAAAGUUUCGACUGCCCACAGCUGAGCGUGAAGAGUCGAUGGGAGUGUGUUUCAUCGGGGAGAAGAGGGGCAAAUUUGGGGAAUUUGUCGGCCAAUACACUACCCCAGAACCCACUCCGGGUCACCUGAUUACCCCAACCGGCACUAUUCUUGGUCAACACGCUGGCUUGUGGCACUACACCAUCGGCCAGCGAGCUCGGAUCCCGGGGAUGAAGGAGAAAUGGUUCGUCGCUUCGAAGCGCGUGGGAACGAACGAGGUCGUCGUGGUACCCGGAGCGGACCAUCAGGCGCUUUGUUGUCGUGCCUUGAGGACGAGUGCGAAGGAGUUCAGUUGGAUCGCAGGUGUUCCGCCGGAUGGGUUGGAUGAGGAAGGAGGGGUGAGGGCGAGAUGUCAGGUGCGACAUCGGAUGAGGGAUGUGCCCGCGGUCGUCCGUCGAAUGUGUUCCGACUUAGAGAUCCGGUUCGAAACCCCGGAGAAGGGAGUAUCUCCAGGCCAAGUGGUAGGAUUAUGGGACGAACGUGGGACAUGGUGUCUCGGUAGCGGGGUGAUCGAUUCGACCGAGUGUGUGGAGUAG